AUGAGUACUGGCAUUGGGACACUUUGAGUACAGAAGUGCGUGCAACCUGUCACUUCUGCAUGCUCUUCUCUCGACUUUUUCACCUCCCUACUUCCUCCUUCAUCAUAAUUCAAUGCAUUGGCCCCUAUCGUACCAUCUACACCCUCUUCUUUCUCUACCUCAAAUACUACCAUUUCUUAAAUAAAGAUUAAACAUUACAAAACAUAAACAAAAAUGAAAGAUUCAGACAAAAUCAUUACCCCAACCUCCGUUGCUGUCACUCCAUCACACCAACAACGAACCUCCCCAAAGCUCUUCAUGCUAUGGCUCAUCCUCGCCGUCUCUCUCACCUACUUCAUCUACACUCUCAAACUCGUCUCCACUUCAACCACCUGCAACCACCCUCCAUUCUCCAUCAACCUCCACACAUCCACCAUCAACACUUCAACAACUUCUCACAAAACAGACCUCAAACACGUCGUGUUCGGAAUCGCCGCAUCCUCAAAACUCUGGCCACAGAGAAAAAACUACAUAAAACUCUGGUUCAACAACAGAACAAUGAGAGGAAUCGUUUGGAUGGACGAUACAGUAAAAACAGACCCAAGCGAAGGUCUUCCAAUGGUGAGAAUCUCAGCCGACACAUCCAAUUUUCCUUACACAAACAAACAGGGUCACCGUUCCGCGAUUCGAAUCUCGCGAAUCGUUUCCGAAACGGUGCGUUUAGGGCUGAAGGAUGUGCGGUGGAUUGUAAUGGGAGACGACGACACCGUUUUUGUAACGGAUAAUUUAAUUAGGGUUUUGAAUAAGUAUGAUUACAAAGAGUAUUAUUACAUUGGAAGCUUAUCGGAGAGUCAUUUGCAGAAUAUAUAUUUUUCUUAUGGCAUGGCUUACGGUGGUGGUGGAUUUGCGAUUAGUUAUGGAUUAGCGAAAGCUCUUGUGAAAAUGCAGGAUCGGUGUAUUCAUAGGUAUCCCGGACUUUAUGGUUCUGAUGAUCGAAUGCAAGCUUGUAUGGCGGAACUCGGUGUUCCACUCACCAAAGAAAUCGGUUUUCAUCAGUAUGAUGUGUAUGGGAACUUAUUUGGGCUUCUUGCAGCUCAUCCAGUGACUCCAUUGGUAUCACUACACCAUCUUGAUGUGGUUGAGCCGAUCUUCCCUAAUGCCACAAGAGUCGAAGCACUUCAACACCUUACGGUACCGAUGAAGCUUGACUCAGCCGGACUCAUUCAGCAAUCCAUCUGCUACGACAUAGAAAAGAGAUGGACGAUUUCAGUUUCAUGGGGUUUUGCAGUACAGAUAUUUCGCGGGAUAUUUUCGCCUCGCGAAAUUGAAAUGCCUUCAAGAACAUUCCUUAAUUGGUAUAGAAGAGCUGAUUACACUGCAUAUGCUUUCAACACGCGGCCGGUUACACGAAAUCCGUGUCAGAAGCCUUUUGUGUUUUACCUUUCAAAGGCCAAAUUCAAUUCUACAAUGCAUCAGACAGUGAGUGAAUAUGAAAGGCAUCGUGUUCCUCAUCCAGAAUGUCGAUGGAAAAUGGAUGAUCCUUCGGCUCUCGACAAAAUUGUUGUAUAUAAGAAACCAGACCCACAUCUAUGGGAUAGGGCUCCAAGGAGAAACUGUUGCAGAGUGAUGAAGUCAAACAAGAAAGGAAGAAUGGUGAUGGAUGUUGGAAUAUGUAGAGAUGGCGAGGUCAGCGAACCGUAAUUGUAACUUGUGACUGAUUCAAAUUAGGUUCUUGUCUAUAUUAAUUCUUUGUUUCUAUUUCUUCAUUUAUUGAGUCUAAAUGUAAAAUUUUGUCAUGUCCCUGGAAGGGGAUGGGUUCUGGACAGAAGAUACAUGGGCGAAAAAUUUGUAGUUUAUAAUCAUUAUAGAUACAAAUUGUAAGUUAAUUUACUGGAAAUAAAGAAGUUCAAUUUGUAA